AUGCCUCGACUCGUGCGGCGGCGGUCGCUCUGGGAGCGCAUCACGUCGAUGCUAAAUCCCAUGGACUUCUUGCUGUGGCUCUCGGAGGAGCUGGAGACGAGGGACUGGGACUCAAAGCUGGCGGGCACGCAGCUCGGCCUGGGCAUGAAUCUCGCCUUUCUGCUGGCGCGCGCCAACUCCGGGUCAUCGUCUGAGUGGUCCGACAGCGACAUCUUCAGCGACGAGACCAAUUCCGGAUUGCUUUCUUGGUUGACUUUCCCCAUUGUCUGGGGCCUCGUACUCUUCUCUUUCGUCAACGCGGCUUACGCCAUGACGCGAACGCGCAAAUACCGACUCUUCGAGGCAAACAUCGAGCAAGCGCCGUCAACGCCCUCUGCACGACGAGUCCAGCUUCAGUCAUCCCCCGCGACGACAUCCUCGCCGCUGCAAUAUCUCACCGACAAAAUCACAUCGAAUUCCGCCGAGGCGCGAGCACAUCCGGAUAAGAAGCGAGAUGUGUGGGAACUCGCCGUAUGGGACCCUCUGCCCAUAUCGCUUCGCCUCGUUUGCUUGUUCAGCCCGGGGCACGUUCUGGCCUACCUCCUCUUCUUGCCUCUAGAGCCGCUAGACCCUCAGCCUAGUGUGACGGUGUUCAACACCCUCAUCCUGCAGGUGGUGCUCUCCGGACAGAUGCUGUUCCUCUCUUCGCGGUUUGCGCAGCAGGCAAAGGACAACGCCAUCAUUCAGAAGGAGGUCAUGAACGAGUACAACACCAAGUUUGUUCAUCCUCGCCUUCACCCGGUCGUCCGAGAUGUGGGAACCCAGGUUGCAGCCGAGCAUUCCGCCAAGGGUCGUGGAUUCGUCGAGGUUGGCACACCGACAACCUUGAUCAGGAAGUCUUAUGCUACGCGAGCCACUUCUACUCCUCAUGCCGGCUCCAUUGGUACCCCGUAUACUGGCCGGUUCAAUGCCAUGAAUCCGCAACCGUUCAGCUCAACGGUUCCCAGGCGCUCGGAAACCCUUCCCACCGAUUUGGACCAGCCUCGCUCUACUUCUACUUUCCGGCAGAGCAUGAUGGCUGAUCCGGUCUCGACUCCGACCCCGGCGUCAGCGGCAGUCACGGCCCCUGUGCCACUCUCAGCUACAUCCGCAAACACCACCAACUUUGGGGGCAACAUGGGCAUAUACAAUCACAAUAAGUCUCCUCUCAAGAAGUCCAUUGGCCUUGGCACGUUUAACGACGCGGCCUCGCCCCGAAACUCGCGAGAGAUGGCGGCGCUGGAGCAGCAGAGGCAUCUGGCACGGCCUGGCAGCCCUACCAAGAACGCCGAUUCGCACCGACCAUCGAGCAUCAACGGCAGAGGCGUAUCGAAUCCCUUUUCAAGCAUGACGCCGAAUAGGACGACACAGCAAGACAGGUCUAGUAGGUGGUAG